AAACAAACGGCUGUUGCUUCCGAUAAUACGCCACACGUGCUCAGACAUUUUACGCGACAGUUAGAUGUAUUUUAUGCAGAUAAACAUUUUUUCAGCGUAAUAAUUUCUUCGUCGUUGUCAGACCUACGUUUGACUCCGGAAUUUAACUACCAAUCAUGCUAACAGCUAGCUAGUGUAGCUAGCUAAAGAACUGAAGAAAUGGGACAGUACGCUGCUAAGCUACAUUCGGUUGACAUAACUACAACGAUUUUGUUACAGCUGCUUAUCCCCCAUUGACCUGUCUCAAAGGAAACAAAAGACCGCAAGCAACAAACUUUGAUGGUUAUGGAGAAUUAUGGAUAACCUGACAGCAAGUAAGAACCACCUGCCUUGUCAGUCAUGGGCAGGACAGAAUGGCUGGUCCACUGCUUCAACUCAAGGAACACUUCUCAACCCACUGCCCAGCUCUCAGCAUCUCAGCCUGGGCUCGUCAUCUGACCAGAGACCCUCCUACGACCACAUGCAAGAGUCCAAUCAGAGCUGUUUGAACGACCUCAGCGCCUUAUCGUCCAGAAACAACACUCAUCACUCUGCUCUGUACAAAGCCUCUCACAUGAGCAGCAAUCAGGUGUCCACCACGCUCUUUGGUGAUACUGCCAUCCCAUCUCCCUCUCACAUUAUAUCCUUUGCCCAGCAAAGCCCUCACACUUCAUCAUUGCUGCUAACUUCAAAUCAAGGAAAAAACAUCCCCCCACCAUCUCUACCCCAAACAAACCCUGCUCCACAGCCUUGUAGGCCCCAACAUGUACCGCUUGUCUCGCCCAACAACCCUUACAAGGCGUCAUUUCAACCUCCAUUAACCAAUCAGGGUUUAUCAAACGGACUUCAAGAUCUGCCCAUUAGUCUGCCAUCAUGUGGACAACGUGAGCAGCGUCAGUGGAUGCCUUCAUCACACUGCAGGGAUGCCGUCAGUAAGUCUGUCCCUGAUGCAGCUGCUCAUCCUAACAAAGAGCCAGAGGGGAACAUCAGUUCACUGGCCAGCAGGGAGGGUCAACGUUUGCUGCUUUUACAACACCGUGCACAACUACUUAAACAAGUGGCAGAGUUGGAUAAAAUUCUGGAAACACUGCAUCCAGGUGACAGCAGUAAUGGGCAGUCUCAACACACAGCUGUUCAGUCUCAUCCAUCAAUGGCUGAUUCAGCUCAGUGUGAACAAACUAAGGCAAGUGAUGCACAGCAGGGUCGGCUUUCUGCAGGAAAGUCAAAGUCACAUCUUUCAGCGAAUUGUUCAUCGUCUGCAUCAUAUGAUGAACACAGUGAGGCCUGUGAUAGGCCAGAGGAUCCAAUGUCAGCAACAGAAUCACUGAAAAAAGAAAAUGCCUCAGCGGAGUCGGAGUAUGACAGUGAUCCUGAUUACUUGCCCUACAGUGAUCGUGACUUCUCUGAUUUUCUGUCUGACCAUGAUGGAGGCUCUUCAGAUGAAUCCAGUCACAGCAGGACUUCGACCCCUACAGACAAAAGACCAUCUGUGCCAGAAAAAAAGAGGGCUAAAUUAGGAAGUUCUUUGUUGAAGGACAAAAGUGUCAUUCCUCCAAAACAGAUCCGUGCAACUAAACCAAAGAAGAGGUCCUCUGAAGCUGUAGUGUUGCCAAGUUCAAAUUCCAAAGGAAGACGUGUUUAUGACAGGAGGAAUUACUGUUUGUUUUGCGCUAAGCCAGUAUGCAAAAUGGCACGACAUCUUGAGAGGAUCCACAGUGACAAAACAGAAGUUGCAGCCGCUUUUCAGUAUCCCCAAAGUUCCAGAGAGAGACAAAAGAUAUGGAACAGACUAAUUAAUCAAGGAAACUUUGCUCAUAAUAAAAAUGUCAUGGAAUCGGGGAAGGGCCAACUUGUUGCCCGAAAAAGACCGAGAAAGAGUCAUAAGGCCGAAGACUUUCUUCAUUGUCUUUACUGUCGAGGUCUUUUUGUGAGGAAAGCUCUGUCCAGACACAUGAAGUCGUGCCCGGAGAAAGUGGAGAAUGAAGAUGAAUCAGAGAUAAGAAGAAGCCGUAUUGCAUCGCAGUGUGUGCUGGAAACUUUAGGAGACCUUGGGAUAAGUGAAGGUUUUAAGAGCGUCCUGUCCCAGAUGAUAUACGAUGAUGCGACACGAGCUGUCAUGGAGGAUGGGGUCAUCUUGCAGUAUGGUGAGUUCAUGUUUGAUCAGUACGGAUCUGAUCCAAAGAGACAUGAAUACAUAAGACAAAACAUUCGUCAGAUAGCGAGACUUGUUCUCGAAGCUCAAAAGAUAACCCCUCUGGAGAAACUGGAAGACUUCUUUCUCCCUUCAAACUUCCCACAUGUGGUGUCUGCAGUGAACGUUCUGGCAGGCUACAAUGCGGAAAACAAAACGUACAGCGUUCCUUCACUUGCCAUCAAGCUGGGCUACCACCUACAGAAGACCUGUAGUAUUGUCGAAGGUAAUGCAGUGAAGUGCAAUAAUGCAAGUUUGGCAGAGUCUGCCCGCAACUUCCUCUCUGUUUACCAGCAAAAUUGGAACAAGCUCAUUUCUGGAGGUGCAUUAACAUCACUCAGAGAAGCAAAAUUGAACAAGGAAAAGAAGGUGCCAUUCGCUCAAGAUGUAAAGCGCCUGAAUUUUCACAUGGAGAAUGUUCAUCUUCUGGCUGAUGAAAAACUCAGAGACAGCCCUUCUGCAGAAAACUAUGCUGCUCUGGCGAAGGUCGUGCUUGCUCGGACAAUACUUUUCAACAGGAGAAGUGCCUUAGAGGUAGCGUCGAUGCAGCUAACGGCUUUUAUGUCACGGAAGAAGUCAAACUUGCACGACGGCAUGGAUAUGUCACGGAAGAAGUCAAACUUGCACGACGGCAUGGACGUAUCCGUCUCAGAUUUGGAAAAAACCAUGUCUUUGGAGCUUCUCGUAAAUGUGCGGGACACGUGUGGAGUACCCAGUAAGAACCCCUAUCUGUUUGGCCGACCACAUGCGCUGUCUUUCUACAGAUGGUCAGAAUGCAUCCAAACGUAUGUCAAAGCAUGUGGAGCUAAAAACCCUGAAGCGCUGAAAUCCUCAAAGAUCCCCAAGCAUUACGCAACAAUGCUACAGCUGAUGAACCUGGAUGACAAUGAGGCCGACCAAAUUUUAGGGCCUAAUAAUCAAGUCCGAAACCUGCGACAGGACAGCAGCACGCAGCUGAAUGAUGUUGAAAUGGAAUCUGAUGGCUUCCAGAAUCAGGGAAAACAUAAAUGGGAGGAAGCAGAGGUUUGUGCUGUUGAGAGACACUUGAUGCGUUUGAUUCAAGAACACAAGUUGCCUCAGAAAAACGACUGCGUUCAGUGUCUUGAGGCUGAGCCAGAAGCACUGAAGACCCGGACAUGGAAAGUCUCCAUCUGCAUCUCUUAUGCAACAUUGUGA